AUGCUUACGUUUAGUCAAACCUCUAAAAACAGCGAGGACAAUAGGUAUAUCAGCCCAAUUGUCAAAGGUAACGAUGGUCCGAUCUCUGAACCGCUUGUGGAAGUUCCUGUAAUACAGCAGCCACCGACACAGUGGUCAGGAAUAGUAGGACGAAAGAAAACUCAACGGAAAGUGAACAAAGUCAACUCAGUUACCAACGAACUUUUACCUGCUACGUCUAACUCCGGCGCCAUAAAGAAAUCCAGGUCUGCUCAGGCAAGAAAACCUAGAGGAACCUCUGCAGUAUACAUAGUGCAGGAUAAAGACUGUGAACUCUCUAUUCCACAGAUCCUAUCAGAGGCGAAAAGAAAUAUAAAUUUAAACGAUAUUGGCAUAAACUCCAUAAAACCAAGAGCUUCGUUGAACGGUGGAAUGAUCCUAGAAAUAGGCAAAGGAUUAGAGGACAAAACAGAAAUUUUGGCGGAAAAAAUGAACGAACUAUUUUCGGGAAAAGCAGUUAAAAUUACCUGUCCCAAAAGAACUAGAGAAAUCCUCUUAACAAAUCUUGAUAUCUCGGUCAAUGAAGAUGAAAUAAAAGAAGAACUAAAAAAAGUACUUGAAAACUGCCAAAUAAAUGAAAUUGGGAAAGUUCGCCAAAAUGCGAAAGGUACAGGUACGGUCUGGCUAAAAUGCUCUGAGGACACUGCACAUGCUUUGAUUCAACGCAGCACAGUUAUGAUCGGCUGGUCCGAAGCUCGUGUGCUAGAAAUCGAAAAGAGACCAAUACAGUGUUACAAAUGCUGGAAAUAUGGACACACAAAAAAUAAAUGCACGGAAGAAACCGAUAGACAAGGCUGGUGCUAUAAAUGUGGAAGCAGCGAACAUAGUGCACGCCAAUGCAGCAGCCAGUCACCAGUAUGCAGACUUUGUGAGGACGCAAAUCUCCCUAAAGAACAUCGAAUGGGUUCUCGUGCUUGUAGCAGCCUAAAACAGUAUGAAAUAAGCAAGAAAAAUUUAAAAGGUUUAAUACCCGAGUUACCACCUGGCUCUACAAUAAAUAAAAAUAAAGACAAUAGUGGAAAUUCCACCAGGAAACGUAAAGAAAGUACCUUGCAAUCAAAGUCUCGUGAAGUUAACAAGAGAGCGGAGGAUCUCUCAGUUCUAUCGUCAACUAAGAAGAAAAGUAGCGAAUAA